CAAAGGGGUGCUCUUGACAAGUGGAAAAGAGUACUAAGGAAGACGAUAUUUUUUAAACAUGGACGAUUCCGAAAUAAACUGGAAUGUUGACAUGGAAGUAAAUUUGUUUCAUGCAAUACGUCAUCACAAACCAGUUGGUGUAAACAGAUUUUUUCAGAUGAUCUUUAUUCAUGACAAACUGAAUGCUGCACACAGUGGACUCAAGACAUUCACCUGUAAACAGAUCUGGGGCCAUCUCAGUCAAAUGUAUGAUUUACAAGCCUUAAAUGAAUCUGAGAAUUUCCCAUUUCCCAACAAAGCUUCAGAAUUCACACUGCCUGAAGAAUACUCUUCUUUAAUGCAGAAAUCAUUUCCUCGCUUAGAGUCUUCCACAACACACCAAGAUGACAAACCAGAUGCAAAAAAUGUUAAAGCUGAAGCCAAAUCAAAUGUUUCUUCUCAUACAACAAAAAGUGAAUCCAAGAGUUCCUCAUCACAAAAGACAGAUUCAAAACCUUCAUCCUCACAAAAGACAGAAAGCAAAUCAUCUGGUACACCCCAUAGUAAAGACCACAAAGGCAGCUCAGUGCUGCAUGGUAGCAAGUCUGAAUCUAAAACCAGUUUAUCGGGACAUUGGUCUGCAGCAAACACUCCUGAUCCAUCCCCAAAGAGAAAGAGAACUCGUCAGACUCAGUCUGCCAGUGCCAGUCCAGCCACACCCGACCAGCCUCCGAUCAAGAGAGGUCGAAGAUGAUUUCUUGUCAUUGUUUUUAUGAUGAUGAUGUUUCCUUUUUUUUGUUGCAUUAAAUACACAUUACAGUAAAAAAA